AUGCAAGCUCAUCUGGCCACUCAAGAAGAUGAUAUGUGGUAUGUCAUCACUGACGGUUCUAUAAAGAUUUUAAAGAACAGAACAACCACAACUUCAGUAGACGACGUCCCUAAGAUGAUUGAAAAGCCAAGAUAUGAAUGGUCAACUAAAGAUAAGAGGAAAGUCAAUCUCAACAAUGUGGCUAAGGAUAUCCUAUACAAAAUGUUGGACAAAAACAUGUUCAGCAAAAUCAAAUCGUGUUCCACCGCUAAAGAAAUUUGGGAAAACUUGACCCAACUAUGCGAAGGCAACGACCAGACCAUGGAGAACAAACUCAUGGUUGCCACACAAAAAUAUGAUAGCAUGAAAAUAAAGUCUGGAGAAAUCAUGAUGGAUUUCGAAGAAAGGUUCACCAACAUCAUCAUUGAGCUCUCCACGUUGGGAAAAACAUAUAGUAAUAGAGAAGUUAAUAUGAAGGUGGUGAAAGCUCUUCCCAGAGAAUGA